AUGAGCGUAACGAACGCCAUCUCUGGUAUCAUCGGAGUUGGUGGCCUGUACGCUAUGGGUGGCGGCUAUCUGCCCGAGACCAUCCCGCAAACCCUCGGAGCCCUGUCGGUUCUAUUGGCCUUCGUUAACAUCUCGGGUGGUUUCGUUAUAUCCAAGCGUAUGCUUGAUAUGUUCAGACGACCUACUGAUCCCAAAGAGUAUUCCUGGCUUUAUGCAGUACCCGCAGCUCUGUUUGGCGGCGGUUUCAUCGCAGCAGCUUCCACUGGCAUGGCAGGUCUGGUCCAAGCAGGUUACCUUGUCAGUAGUGUUCUCUGCGUGACCUCGUUAUCAGGACUUGCGUCGCAGACAACAGCUCGUCGCGGCAAUUUCUUGGGCAUACUUGGUGUUUUCUCAGGUUUUCUCGCAUCCCUGGCUGCAGUCGGUUUUUCUUCUGAUGUUCUCACCCAGUUCGCCGGUCUCGCUACGGUGGGUACUGUUGCUGGUCUAAUGAUCGGACGGAGGAUCACGCCUACCUCGCUGCCCCAGACGGUCGCGGCACUGCAUUCGGUCGUCGGUCUCGCUGCUGUACUCACGAGUAUCGGUAGCGUCCUGGGUCACUCUGGAGACAUCUCCACCCUUCAUAUGGUUUCAGCCUACCUUGGUGUUCUCAUCGGUGGCGUUACAUUUACCGGAUCGAUUGUCGCUUUUCUCAAGCUAGCUGCGAAGAUGAGUUCGAAACCUCUGGCGCUGCCUGGCCGACAUCUCAUCAACAGCACAUUGCUUGGAGCAAACGUAGCAACCAUGGGCGCCUUCUUGACCUAUGCGCCAGGCGCACCUCUCAUUGGCGCUGCAUGUCUCGUUGGCAAUGCGGCUCUGUCCUUUGUCAAAGGCUACACGACCACUGCUGCAAUUGGCGGAGCAGAUAUGCCAGUUGUUAUCACAGUACUCAACGCAUAUUCCGGGUUCGCAUUAGUAGCCGAGGGAUUCAUGCUGGAUAACCCACUCCUAACAAGUGUUGGUGCCCUCAUCGGGGUAUCCGGCUCAAUUCUCUCAUAUAUCAUGUGCGUUGCCAUGAACCGAAGCCUCACCAACGUCCUCUUCGGCGGCAUAGCCCCCACAGUCCAAUCCCAGACCAAGGUCGAGGGCGAGAUAACCAAGACCACAUCAGAAGAAACAGCUGAAGCUCUCGUCAACGCAGAAAACGUCAUCAUCGUCGUCGGUUAUGGCAUGGCCGUGUCGAAAGCGCAGUACGCACUCGCCGACUUUGUCAAAAGCCUGCGUGCGAAAGGCAUCAACGUGCGCUUUGCCAUUCACCCAGUCGCAGGCCGCAUGCCAGGACAAUGCAACGUGCUCCUCGCCGAAGCAUCCGUCCCCUACGACAUUGUCCUCGAGAUGGAUGAGAUCAAUGACGACUUCCCGGAGACAGAUGUCACACUUGUUAUCGGCGCAAACGACACCGUUAAUCCCAUCGCGCUGGAACCUGGUAGUGCCAUUGCGGGUAUGCCGGUGCUGCAUGCGUGGAAGAGCAAGCAGGUUGUUAUUAUGAAGAGGGGCAUGGCGAGUGGAUACGCGGAUGUGCCCAAUCCGAUGUUCUUCAUGGAGAAUACGAAGAUGUUGUUUGGCGAUGCUAAUGAGAGCUGCAACGCUAUCAAACGUGCACUAGAGGAGAAGAUUAAGGGGCUGUAG